AACUAUCCGGUUGUACAUUAUUUCGAUAUUUGUUGAUAAUUUAUUAAUAAGUGAUUUCUUGACAGUAAUUUGGAUAAGUAAAUUAUUCUUUAAAUAUGAACGUCUUACGUUCAUGCGUUAAAACUAUGAUGUUAAGUAAAGGCGUACGAUCUGUAAAUUACGAAGGACAGAGAUACAUUAAAAGAUGGGUGGCACCGACGCAAAAGAAAUUAACCAGACUCAAAAAAGCACUGGGUGAGCAGCCAGAGCCAAAACGCAGCACCUUCCUCGAUUGGAACAGACCUGCGGAGAUUUAUGCCUUUAAUGUACGCCUCUCUGAAAGUUUUGAUACAGAAAAAUUGGAGCAAGCCUUUACUCACAGAUCAUACCUUAUUGAAGAAGAGCAGAAGCAGAAAGAAAUGGGAAUAGAAAAUCCUGUACUCGCUAUACAAGACAAUACUGAGUUAAUUAGAAAAGGCGAGAAGCUUACAUCAGAAAUUGUGCAGGCUUAUUUAGUCCAAGUUUUACCACAAGCAUCUGAGGACAUUAUAAUUUCAUUGCACGACUAUCUUCUUUCUGAGGAAAUUCUAGCUAAAGCAGCUGUUCACAUUGGAGCAAAAGAUAUUAUUUUAACAGAAGAACAUCCAGUGGCUCAAAAGACUUUAGCUGAUACAUUUCUCGCCCUUGUCGCGGCGCUUGCAGAAAGUGUAGACGUAAAUCACACGACGAAUUUUGUCAGAGACUUCCUGAUUGUUGUAUUAGCUGAAAAGGAUCUAACGGAAAUAUGGAAUCCAGCUCACCCGGUCGAACUUUUAAAUGAUAUCUUACGGAAGCAAAACAGAUCAUCCGCCGAACCAAGGCUUAUUGCACAAACGGGAAAUAAUACACUAGAAGUAGCAUAUCAUAUAGGGAUGUAUUGCGAUAAAGAAUUUCUAGGUUCAGGAUUUGGUCAAACUAUCGAGGAAGCCAAGAAUGUGGCUGCUACGAAUGUUUUAAGUCGAAUAUUUGGUUUAUUAGACUCCAGUAAACCAAUGAAAUUUAACAAAACGAUAAAUCUGUCUUCGUGAACAAAGCAGGUUUUAUUUUUGAGAAAAAGAAAUUUUGACACACAACACACACACA